CCGUCGCACUUCCGGUGCCCGAUCACGCUGUGCGUGAUUCGAGAGCCCGCGGUGACUCCCGCGGGCAUCACGUACGAGCGCGCCGCGUUGAUGCGCUGGCUCGAGCACCAACACACGGAGCCGAGCACGAAACAGCGCCUGAAGCGGUCGCACGUGGUGCCGAACCUGACGCUGCGCGCGAUGAUCGAGGACUGGCUGCAGGAGCAGAAG